GCGUCUCAGACCUGCCACAAAACCACCAAACCAACCAGCGCCUCAAUGCAGUCAGUCAGUCAGUGAGUGGGCGAGUGUGGGAGUGGAUGAGUGAGUGAGUGGUAACAGAGCAAAGCAGGCGAGCAGCAGCAGCAGCAGCACUACCACCACCACCACCACCAACACCACCAGCACUCCCGUACCACACAACGCAGCAAGCCCCUCGCCCUCGCCUUCUGCACCUUGUCUCGGAACUGUGUUCAUCAAUCACAAACUGCUGGCCUCCUUUUGGCCUCCUCGUGGCCUCUUGUUUGGAAAUACCCUGCCAUAACGACGACGCCUGUGCUAUAGCCAGUCCCUGCCUUCCCGGCCCAUCCUGGCGUCAGCUGCCUUUUCCUGUCCGACAUCCGGCACAUUCGGGCAAGGCCAAGCCACCUUCUCUGAUGCCGAGCUCCCCUAUCGCCCAUAGACUGUCUUGUCUCAACCUUGCUGGCGCGCCCUGUGGCCCGGCUCAGCCCAUCUCACUCCUCGGUGCCUCUCUCAAUCGCUCACCUCACCUCACCUCACCUCAACUCCUCGCCUCACCCCCAACAUCCCGCACCGUCCGGGCCAUCGACACCACGAAGCUGGCUUUGACUUUCUUUCUUUUCGUCGCGUGACCCAUUGGCCGGCCGCGCAGCCUCACGCUCAGUCCCGACGCCCCCGCCGCUCGCUUCUCUUGUCUGCCGUGUGCCCAGGCCCACAUCACCAACGCGCUGGUCCUCGUCCCCAGAUAUUUGGCUCUCAGCUAGAACCCAAGCCAUCUUGGCACCAACAUAGCCGCCUCUCAUAGACCCAGCCUGGCCACCACCAAGACCGCCCAAGUCACCCUCUCCUCUGCCCUCUCAUCUAGCUUGCGGCCUGCCUGUCGCCUUGACUUGUUCACUGCCCUCGUCUCACCUCGUGCCACCUCCGCCCGGGCGAAAUAUAUUUCGUCCUUCUCGUCCUCGUCUCACACCAACCCCCUUAGUAACUCUGCCGAGUGACGCCACUUUAUCGCCGACCACGAGACCGCUAUGUGACAACCUGUUUACACGCAGACAACACAGUUGGUCCCGAGCCGUCGCCACAUCAUCAUCACAUCGUUCGUCGGGGCCGCCGAAACCCACGUUGGCUCACGACCUCGCACGAUGGGCACGAUGGGUUGGCAUUGGGCCUUCGCGCUUGCGCUGGCAAUCGCCAGCGUUCGUUGCGCCGAGUCCGAGAUGGCUGGAACCCACACAAUGCUCAAUGUCCUCGACUGGCAGCGGGACUCCGAGAUGCAGCUGCUGAUUCGGGCAUCUGAUGAUACGGUGCCAUUGGCUUAUACUGUCAUUCCAUUGACAACAAAUCUUGGUCUGAACGAGUCCGAGCUUGUUCGAGGGAAAGUCGACAUAACGGGCAGGUUGGUUGCUGCGGACGCGAACAAUUAUGCCGAUAUCAGUGGCUCGGACGUGAUUCCCUACUUGUGUUGUGACCAGCAAAACGCAACUACCCAAGGCAAUCUGGACCCGAACGCGGUUCUGAACGCCCUCAUGGCCAACGUCCCACAACCAGCUGCAAUCCUGCUGUACAGCCAACAGGGCAUGUGCUGUGGCCUGACCGGCGGCAACCUCAGAUUCGACCGCAUCUUGACCAUGGCCGACAAGGUGGAAGCUAAUCAGACUUUAAGCAUGGCCAAUGUGUCACAAGGGACAGUGCUGGCUCAGAUCUCGGGCAACGCCACCGAAACCCAACAGGACAACAGUGCUGGCCAGCAGGGCGGAAACAACUCGGCCGUUGCCAUGAGCAUAUUGUACAGCAUCACCGGUCUCAUCACCCUCCUGUUCCUCAUCAUCAUCGCGACCGGCGCUAUAAGAGCGCAUAGAUACCCCGAGAGAUACGGCCCCCGCAAUGCCUUCGGCGGGAGGCCAAGGCAGAGUCGUGCCAAGGGCCUGGCCCGUGCCGUGCUUGAAACCAUACCCAUCGUCAAGUUCGGAGACUCUCAACCGAAACCCGAUCCCAACCUUGAGCUCGAGAACGCCUCGUCACGGCAGACGGCGGGCAACACCGCCGAUCGUCAGUCACCGGACAAUGGCUCUAACCGCCACCUAUCUACUAUUCCUGAGAGUCCGCUCAACUCUCCUGUGCAUCCCGCCCCCGCCGCCUCAGGCGCCCUCGGGACCGGGUCGGACUCCGAGGCAGAUGCCGCAGGGGCCAGCCGUGUUGCUCAGCACGGCACAGAAAACACAAGUGGUGGCACCCAGACCGAGGAAGGACUGGGCUGCUCAAUCUGUACAGAAGACUUCACUGUCGGCGAGGACGUCCGCGUACUUCCAUGCAACCACAAGUUCCACCCAUCCUGCAUCGACCCUUGGCUGGUCAAUGUGUCAGGCACCUGCCCACUCUGUCGGCUUGACCUACGCCCGGAGCAAGCGGAGGGUGGUGACGAUGGUCAAAAUGAAACCAGCGAGGCACCGCCGCUAGGCGCUGAUGUCAACGACACAGGAGAACCUUCAAACUCCUCCCGGCGUCGAUCCAGGCUAUUCGACCUGCACCGGCUUCGGCACGCCACUGUUGAGGAACGCAUCGAGGUCCUCCGACGAUAUCGGACCGAGCAACGCUCAGGGUCAUCUGCCAGUAAUGAGGAAGAGGGUCGCGAUCGGUCCCGGCUUACCAACCGACUUAGGGAAAAGUUUCGUAUCAGGACUAGAGCUGUUCAGCGAUCUUCUGAACAGACAGGCAGCACCAGCUCACCAUCAACAACCACCGCGGCCGCGAACCAGAGUUAGCGAAAUCUGCUUCUGUGUCGAGAAUUCGACGGGACGAGACACGAAUGUGACUGAGAACAAAAAAGGGUGAUAAUUACGGCCGACUGUAUCAUCGACGGCGGAACGAGGUAUGGGAUACCGAUAUUGAUACCGGACGGCGACUUUGUCCAUUGUAUACCAUUAUACCCCACGAUUUUGGAGGACGGGAACAGGUUCAUAAUGAUGAUGGUAUUUCCAAGGGGAACAUGAAUUGGGGUUCACAUCACUUACCCAGGGAAAGAAUGCGCAGGAAAGGGGGCAUGGCAUGGCAUCGGAGUUCUGCGCAUCUGGCUGUGAAGACAUCAUUUCUGCGUUUAUUGCUUUUCGAUGAGCCAUUUACUUUCUAGGCUUUCAACACGAACAUAUUAUCCUCUUGUCUCUUGCAA